UAGUAUACUAUAUGUAUGUCGUGUAUAUAAAGUGAGCUCAAUAUAAACCCGAACUUGGAGUAAAGUAGUAUAGAUCCGAAUACUACGUUGUAAUGUGAAUGGCACUCUCUUUGUUCACCGUGAAUUAUAAGUGGAACUAAGAAAUAUUAACCUAUAUGGAGGAUGAUACACCGUAUGUCACAAUAUUAUCGAGGCUGAAAAUUAGAGGAUACUAAUUGGAAAUUCUUAAGGGAUGAUACACGUUACAUCAUGUUGAAGCUGAGCGCCAUCUAUGCAUUUUGCAAGCCAUGGCCAGUAUGAAGAAAGGAUGUCUUUUGUUACUGAUGUUCACUGCAACUACAACAGUUGUCCUGUUAUAUUGGAGGACGAUGAACUCCAAGCCACAAAUGGCAACAACCAUACCAGGCCUUCAUUUUGGAGAGUUAGCGUCAAAUGAAACACAAACCAGAGGAACGUCUCCUGUCAUGGUGUCUAAUGUAACCCCUGGGGUAAUUAAAGCACUGGCUAACAGGACUGGAAACGUUACAUUGGUUGUCGUCAUACUGAGUCAGGCACACAACUACCACAUUGCAAAGGCCAACAAAUUGAGGUUAGCAUUGGAGAAAGAACUCGCACAAGAGGACAAAGUAUACCUGUCACAUGAAGAAUGGCCCUUCGACAGCGCUUGGACGAUAUUGCCUAUUAUCCCCGAUAUUUUACAUUCUCACAAUCAUGCAGGUGAGAAUCUAUGGCUUCUGUUCUUAGAAGAUGAGACUGAUGUUUGGCCUGAUAAACUGAAGGAUCUAUUACAAGGAUUCAAUCCAAAUGAACCAUGGUUUCUUGGACGGGCGUCGGCAGAUGAAACACCUUCUGUAAUUCAUCAGUAUAUUGUUGGUAAAUCAAGACCCAUUCUUUAUCCUGACGUGUCAACUGGAUUCUGCCUCAACUGGCCUGCUUUAGAGAGAUUAGAGAGGAGGCUCAAGGCAGGGACAUCGACGAUUCCAAACUCCUUCGUGCACGAUCCAAUUUUUGAGUUGGCCUAUUAUAUGAACACAAAAUUGACGAACGUUUCGAGGUUCUGUUCCUGGGAUAAUCUGAAGGCUGGAUGUGCAACAAAAAACUUGAAACAAAGCCCGCAAUGUGGUGGUGGAAGUUCGAAAACGUACAUACACUUUGCAGUCAAGAUAUGUGAAAGGCUGAUAGAAAGGGUUAGUAGGUCGUCGUUAAUCUGGAUAAAGAAUGUCACUGCGAGUAUGGUUUCAUUCUACACUGAUGUGGCACCAGUGAAACAAAUGCGAGGUGGAAAAUUAUUUGGCCAAGAUGUUGUCAUAGUUGGACGUAACAAUACUAGCCCGGUUGGGGGAUGCGGCCGACUAUAUAUCAUUCUGCAACAUUUCGUCAACGAUCCACGAUUCCUCAACACCCACUGGCUGUUAAUUGCAGACGACAACACUCUGAUUAGCGUUAAGAGAUUGAAUGAUUUAUUGCGUUGCUAUGAGGGAGAUGGUCCGGUAGUGUUGGGCAAGAGAUGGGGUCAUGGUAUGACACUUGGAAACAAAAACGCAGUGACCUAUCCGACAGGUGGCGCUGGAAUCGCAAUAAACAAGGCUGCUGCGGAACGUAUUGUGCAUACAACGUGGAUUCAAUGUGAAGAUACACGUGCUGCGGACGACUACACGUUAGGUGUAUGGCUAAAGCUACUCGCAAUUCCAGUUAUUAAUUCUGAAGCGUUUCACCAGGCAGAACCACAUCAGUAUCCCAUUGAGCAUUUGAAAAGGGUUAAGUCCGUGUCAUUCCAUCCUUACAACAAAGCAAAUGUAAAGUGGGACACGGACGAAUGGAGAAAUAUGCGACAAGUCUCCAUGAACUGGUUGAAUGAUACAGGCGACUGAAUGAAGUUAUUCGACAAGUGUAUAUGAAAUGGUUGACAAAUACAGGCGACUGUAGGAAGUUAUGCGCCACGUGUAUAUGAACUGGUUGAAUGAUACAGGCGACUGAAGGAGGUUACGGGUGGGGUGAUGUCAAACUUUCUUGCAUUGAAAUGUCUUCUACUCUAGUAGUCGCUAUGCAUUAUCACCUGGUUUGACCUCUAGAUGAGGUCAAAACCAUCAUCAUACUUGAGCAACAUAGAGCUUCUAAAGAUGCUCUGUAAAACCUUGGGAAGUCGGUGGUCUAUGUGAGGUGGAUGACAUACUUGGACUUGGUUAAUUACAUUUACUUGGCUAGUUUCAUUUCCUUGUUUGGUUUCAUUUCCUUGGCUAGUUUCAUUUCCUUGUUUGGUUUCAUUUCCUUUGCUAAUUUCAUGUCCUUGUUUGGUUUCAUUUCCUUGGCUAAUUUCAUUUCCUUGGUUAGUUUCAUGUACUUGGCUAGUUUCAUUUCUUUGGUUAGUUUCAUGUACUUGGUUAGUUUCAUUUCCUUGGCUAGUUUCAU